GAGGGAGGGUCACAUGAAUGUAUUUCAAUACAACAAAACUUCGAGGUCAAUAUAAUAUAAUAUAUAUCGAGUUGUAGUUGUGCUCGGCUACACAUCAGUGUAAUUGAAAGCAUAUUUAAAGGUGGCAUAUGCUAUAUAGUACACACGAAGGCCUUAUUUGAAUAUGAAGGGUGCUAGCAGAUCAAUUAUACUAGCGUUAACGCUAUAUGCAGGGUUCCUAACCUACCACAAUGUGUAUAUAUACCCAGCUAGCUCAGCUGCGUCGAAAAACUCGCACCUCACAGAUCCGGUUAAUCACAGCACCUGCCCUAAAUGCGACAACACAGACGCAAAGAACAACCCCAAGGACACUCUACCUGUGGGUGGCUCUGGGGCGUUAACUCGCGAUACAGAGGUGCACAAACAUAUCAGUCUACCCCCAACCCCAGCGGAUUUAAUGGACGCUGGAACGAGACAGUUGUACUGUUUUGAGUUGCAUGGUAUUGCAAGUACGGAUAACAUCCAGGUUGUGGAUGUGAAGGGUGUUAGAAGUACUGAGCGAAACCUUAAGAUGGCACUCUACAAAAGUCAGACGGAUAUUGUCAGUGGCUCCUUAAAAAACGAAGGCGCGUGGGAGUAUGAAUUGGUGAAGAACUUUUGGCGUCGAGUGACCGCAGCGAAGGAGUCCCCAAAGACUGGCAUCUUUCUGGAUGUAGGUGCCAAUGUAGGGUACUGGACGCUGGUUGGGUUAGAUCUGGGCUACAGUGUACUGGCAGUCGAGCCUAUGCAUGAGAAUGUGCGUCUGUUAAAGAUCACCCAGUGCUUGAACCCGCAGUUUGAAGGGAAGCUCACUGUGCUCCCGAUUGGCCUGGGUGUGAAAAAGGCAACAUGUCAUGUCAUGAGCGAUAAUAAGAAUGUGGGCGACGGCCAUACGAUCUGCGGCGCAGAGGCCCUUCAAGCCUUCAAGGACGGCGACACUCUCAAUCAGUACAGUGAGCGUUCACUCGUCAAUAUUGCCAAACUAGACGAUAUACUAGACACCACACAGACCCCCAUCGCCGGGAUGAAGAUUGACAUCGAGGGCUUUGAGCGCUUUGCCCUGUCCAAAGAAGGAUCGGACCGGUUCUUCUCGGGCCUGCACCCGCCCAAGGUGAUUGGGUGCGAAUUGUACCACUGCUUUAGCGGGAAGGACUGUGACGCCGGGGAUAGGGAGUUCAUCGACCUCAUGACCGAGCGAGGGUUCCACAUGCAGCACCCCAUUUCCUGGUCCAAUACGGCCGAUAAGUUCGAGUUUUCGGACCGGAUUGCCCUGAUGUCGGAUACCUUCCUCAUUCGGGAGUGAACUAUGGGGCGGGGGUGGUUUAGCGUGUUUCGUAUACCUCAUUCAUUUCGUAUGGAAGUAUAUAUAUAUAUAUAUGGAAGGUGAUGCCGGAGGUCGCGCGCGUAGAUUAUAGUCCUCGUCCGUUUGACCACAUGUAUUCUGAGUUGCCCCUAUCGAUGCAUCGAUGAGACGACAGGAAGAGUGCGCCAUUCGCACCAUCCGGUUGCCAUGACAACAACGGACAAGCCAACGGAUUGGAAAUCCAGCCCCAUGGGGUGUGCGCUGGUGAUACGUACCGAAACGGGACACUGCGACGUAUAAGAGAGAGCGGAUAGAGAAAAAGCUUUGUCAGUGUUUGUCGUAUGGCCGACGGUGAUCUCGGGGGGUAUACG